CAACUUGUGAGCCUGUUGUCAACACUUGAGUUGUCAAGGUUCUCUGGGACGUCGCACGCUUUCGUUCCCAAAACCAACUAACCAUUCAGGCCUCUCUCCCGUGGGUUGGUGAGUGGGUGUGACGCUGCCACGUGUCCCCAGGGCCUAGCUUAGCUGUAGGUCCGAGUAAAUAGUAGGCGUGAGUAUGAGUUCGUUGGUGGGCGAGGGCAAAUUGGACCCGACGUCGGUGGAGAUCCGCGUGUUUACGCUCAAUUGUUGGGGCUUGCGUUUGAUCUCGUCGGAUCGGAAGGAGCGGUUUGAGGCCAUUGGGCACUAUCUGAGUCGAGGGGAUCACGACAUCGUGUUCCUGCAAGAGGUCUGGAACCAAUCCGAUUACGACGCCGUCAAAGAGGCCAUCCAGGAUGCGUUUCCACACUCGCACUUCUUCGACAACGGAGUCAUUGGCACGGGCACGUGCGUCUUUACCCGGGUCCAAAUCCACGACGCCACCUUACACGAGUUUGCCAUGAACGGUUACCCGCACAAGAUCACCCAUGGGGACUGGUUCGGCGGCAAGGGCUUGGGCGUCUGUCACAUCUUCUACAAAGGCUACGAUGUGCAUCUGUACACGUCGCACUAUCACGCCGAAUACAAUCGCGCUCACGACAUUUACUUAGGCCAUCGGGUCUCGCACGCCCUCGAGAGCGCUCAAUGGAUCAAGUUGACCUCGAGCUCAGCUGACUUGACGAUUUAUGCCGGGGACUUUAACACCGAGCCCACGGACGUGCCCUACCGCUUACUGCGGGCGGUGGCGGCUCUGUCUGACUCCUGGCUGGAAGCCAAUGGAACCGAGACGAGCGGUUGGACCAGUGAGAUCCCCAGCAACUCCUACACCACGCCCCGAGCGUUGCGGGAGUGUCCCAAUGGCAAACGGAUCGAUUACAUCAUGUACCGAUCGGGUCCGAACGUGUUGGCCGCGCCCGUGAGCACAAUAUUGCCGCUCCCGUCGCGGAUCCCGAACCGCAAUUUCAGCUAUUCGGAUCAUGAAGCCGUGUGCACGACCCUGAGGCUCCAGCGAACUGAAAACAGUUUCUUGCGAGCUUCGGAAUUCCGUCGCCAUUUGAGCAUGGAGUGCCGAAUUGAUUGUGUCAAAGCCGUGAAGGAUGCCAUUGGCAUCACGGAGGUCUCCCAAAGAAAAGUGUCCGAGGUUCAAGUCAUUUACGCCAUUGUGGCGGCCGUUCUCCUCUCCCUCUUUGUGGGCUCCUUCUUCCCGAUCUUCAUUGUCGACUAUGAGUACCACGCCUAUUUGGAUGUGGGUCUCUUUUUGCCCCGGUUCUUUAUCAGUAUCGCCUUGGUCUUUUUCUUUCUGAUGGCCACCGUAUUCACCAAGAAGGAAAUGAAUGCCCUUCGAUCCACCAAAGCCAGCCUAAGGCUGAUAAUGGACCAGGAUUUGAGCAACAACGGGAACAACAUGAUCAGUUGACUAAGCCGGGAUUUGGCCGAGAUCCUCGUUACCGUUCACCAGGAGAACGAACUCGUCGGAGUGAUGGAAUAAUUAAUAGUUCUAAUUAUCGUUGGCUUUUAAAGUGAAUUUUAUGGUACCCUAGUUGUUUGACAGAAUCUAGAUAAUAUAUACAUAUAUAGCUUGGAGUAUUGAACUGCUUGAAAUAAGAACCGUGGAAGUGAAACGAAAGCAUUUGUGUUUUGAUUCGUGUUCCA